UGAACAGGCACUUGUAUACUUUUAUUUCCAUAAGGUUUCACAGCAGUCCUAUGAAGUGGAUUGUUUUAUUCCCAUUUUUACAGAUGAAGUUAAAAGUUGGUCACGCACACCAAGUAAAUACUGUGGACUAACCAGAACACUGGCCCCAGUUUUUGACGUGGGGUCUGGCUGUGAAGAAAUGCUCUGUAGACUAAAGAGCGAUCAGGCUCAAGCAAGAGAAAGACCUUGAGGGCCUGGACAGCACGCCCGCUGUGCUCCAGAACUGAUCAGCCUGCACUGCUCGUGCCAGCCAGAUGGUCCUGGCUCCUGCCUUUUCCUAACCAAGUCUCUGUUGAGCCCUCGUCUGCCUUCCAGGACCUGUGACUCUGAUCUCUGCUUUAAUUCAUAUCCUUUUAGCUCCUUCAGUGGGCAUAUGCUUUGGGAGCCUCCUAACUAGCCUCCGUGCCUGUGGGCACUUCAAAGUUGCACCCCAUUUUGUACACUUGAUCCUCCUAGAAAGUCCCUUCACAAAUCUCCAGCAAUUCCAACUUGUUGCCUGCCAACAGGAUCUGAGUCUGCCAGUGUGGCAUUCACUACUGUGGACUUCCACAAUCUGCCCUCUGACUGCCUGUAUGUGCUUGGGUCUUGACAUCAGUCUCCAGGCCCCCAGACUUCUUGGUGUCCUAGAAGAGUGUUCACAUCCCAGACCCAGCCUUGCAAUUGCCACCUCUGCCUUAGCUCACAGCUUUCUCCCUGCCUAUUGCAGACGAAGUCAUACGGAAGCGUCUCCUAAUCGAUGGAGAUGGUGCUGGAGAUGAUCGGAGAAUUAAUCUGCUGGUGAAAAGUUUCAUUAAAUGGUGCAACUCAGGAUCUCAGGAAGAGGGAUACAGCCAGUACCAACGUAUGCUGAGCACGCUGUCCCAAUGUGAAUUUUCAAUGGGCAAAACUUUGCUAGUAUAUGAUAUGAAUCUCAGAGAAAUGGAAAAUUAUGAAAAAAUUUACAAAGAGAUAGAAUGUAGCAUUGCUGGAGCCCAUGAAAAAAUUGCUGAGUGCAAAAAGCAAAUUCUUCAAGCAAAACGAAUACGAAAAAAUCGGCAAGAAUAUGAUGCACUGGCAAAAGUGAUCCAGCAUCAUCCAGACAGGCAUGAGACAUUAAAAGAACUAGAGGCUCUGGGAAAAGAAUUAGAACAUCUUUCACAUAUUAAAGAAAGUGUUGAAGAUAAGCUGGAAUUGAGAAGGAAACAGUUUCAUGUUCUUCUUAGUACCAUCCAUGAACUUCAGCAAACACUGGAAAAUGAUGAAAAGCUGUCAGAGGUAGAAGAAGCUCAAGAAGCAAGCAUGGAAACUGAUCCUAAACCAUAGACCAAGUAAUCACUCUCCAUCCCCAAGAAUGUUGAAGUAGCAAUGUGAUCUCAGUGUGUUUAGAAUUUGUUGUGCUCUCGAGAUAUGUAAAGUUUUGGCAGUGAACUAUUUUGCUUUUAAAUGUUAAUGCAGUGUUCAUUCGUAUUUCUUCACACAAAGGAAGAUGACUUCAUUAUAUAUUUGCUUUUACUGAAAUGUCUUUUUUGUAUUUAAAAGGUGGGAAGCAACAUCCAAAAUAAAUGUUGAAUAAAAUGUUUUUAAGC